CUUGUGUGUAUGCCAUGUCCACUCCGAAUCAACCAAAAGUGCAAUACUAAACGAGUCCCCAUAAACGUUAUAGGGUAAGGAUAUAUGGCUGUAUUUUACAGUUGGAGACACGUUGGAGUUUGCUCACUGUUAUGGGUUGUGGCAUCAUCUGUGUGUGUUUCGGCGAGACCUGCCACUUUUGCCCAGGAUUUUCGAGUCACGUGGUCUAAUUACCAUCUCAAGCAAAUCGGCACCACUGUCCAACUCACUCUUGACCGAAACUCUGGGUGUGGUUUCGCUUCCUACAGAAAGUACAUGUUUGGCCGUAUUAGCAUGAAGAUCAAGCUCGUCGCCGGAGACUCUGCCGGAACUGUCACUGCCUUCUAUAUGAACUCGGACACGAACGCGGUUCGGGACGAGCUGGAUUUCGAGUUCUUGGGAAACCGAAGCGGUCAGCCAUACACAGUUCAAACAAACAUCUUUGUCCACGGACAGGGAAAUAGAGAACAACGAGUCAACCUCUGGUUUGAUCCUUCCAUCGACUUCCACACCUACGCUAUCCUCUGGAAUCGUCGCCAGAUUGUGUUCAAAGUUGAUGAUGUCCCGAUCAGAGUGUACAAGAACAAUGAAGCGAGGGGAAUUCCGUACCCAAAGAUGCAGGCAAUGGGGGUGUAUUCAACGUUGUGGGAGGCAGAUGAUUGGGCAACGAGGGGAGGGUUGGAGAAGAUAGAUUGGAGCAAAGCACCAUUCUACGCAUAUUACAAGGAUUUCGACAUCGAAGGUUGUCCUGUACCAGGACCUGCGAAUUGCGCGUCUAACCCAAGAAAUUGGUGGGAAGGUCCUGCUUACCAAGCUCUUAAUGGAAUCGAUGCUAGAAUGUACAGGUGGGUUCGUGUCAACCACAUGAUAUAUGACUAUUGUAAGGACAGGUCACGCUUCCCUGUGACCCCAUCCGAGUGCCUUCUCGGCGUUUAGCCUCAUUCGUUUACCCUUCAAUUGUCGGCAAAGUUAUAUGCACUCCUUCGAAUUAUUCCUAUACACUACGACGUACGUACUUGUCCUAUUUUCUACACCGUUUUCUGUAUAAUACGUACAGGUUUGAGUGACAUAUCAAACGUUGUGUGGUAUGCCAAACUACGAAUGUGUAUAUAGUGAUUCUUGAGACGCAGCCAUGGUUUGGAAUAAGAAGGAGCCGAGCCAAUGCUUGUGAUGGCUCUAUAUAUACCCGUGCAUGGUGUAUUGUAUUUUGUCAUCUAUUAAUGAAGCUGGUUCACGACU